GUCGACCACCGGGACUAGACGCAUCCACCUCGACAUCACAGUUUUAAUUUAAAUAAUAAAAAAUAAUUGUGAACAAUUUUGUAGCUGCGAUUCCCCCAGUUAACAGCAAUGUGCGGGUGCCGUGUGGCGGCGUGCGUGGCCGCGCUUGCGGCGGUGAGCGUGGCGUUGCCGGGCGCAGUGCUCUCGCUUGACCUCAACAAGCUCUACGGACAUCACACCAAGAGAUCCGAGUACUGUCACCCUUACGAGCCUUUCAAGUGCCCAGUGGAUGGUAACUGCAUCUCCAUCCAAUACCUGUGCGAUGGCGCUCCCGACUGCAUUGAUGGAUACGACGAGGAUUCGAAGCUGUGUACCGCAGCUAAGAGACCACCGGUGGAAGAAACCGCAUCGUUCUUGCAAUCCCUACUGGCUUCCCACGGACCGAACUACCUGGAGAAACUGUUCGGCAGCAAGGCACGCGACGCGCUAGAACCUUUGGGUGGGGUUGAGAAAGUCGCCAUCGCUCUCUCUGAAUCCCAGACUAUCGAGGACUUCGGCGCGGCUCUCCAUCUGAUGAGGUCUGAUCUGGAGCAUCUGCGCUCCGUGUUCAUGGCAGUUGAGAACGGCGAUCUCGGCAUGCUCAAAUCUCUCGGCAUCAAGGACUCGGAACUCGGAGAUGUCAAGUUUUUCCUGGAGAAGCUCGUCAAUACGGGAUUCCUCGACUGAAUAGCGCCGGAGUCUGCCUCUGAAUACUACCACGUCGUCCAAUACGCUCCCAUCAGUUCAUCCUUCUAUAGCUAUCUUCCUUACGACUUCUAUGAAAGAAACUAGGAAUUCGGAAUUCGGAACUCCCUUUCUCUAAAUCCUUGUGCGAUUGAUGUUUGAUUCAGUUACAAAUUUAGAUUGUUCUCGUUUUAUCAAUCGAUUUCUACAACCGGCCACGUAGACUCGAUUUUUAAAACGAUUAAAUCUCAGUAUUGCCAUCUAAAAUUCUUGAUGUAAACGGAGCAAUAGUUAACAGUUCAUGUAGUUUUAAUGUUUUAAUUUUU